AUGCGCCUCACCACCAUCUCCUGCCUCCUGGCAGCCCUCACCUCCGCCUACACCGUGCUCGCAGAGUCUCUCCCCCAGCAAACCCCCUCACCCUCCGCAGAGCUCAUCGAAGAGCGGAUACGCCACCUUGAACCCCGCCAAGGCGGCGUCGGCGUCGUCCCAGACGCAACCCGCGCCGCCGGCGUCCAAGCCCCGGCCAUCACCGUCUACGACAGCGGCGACAAAGCCCUGACUUACACCCAACUCUUCUCCGCCGUCCCAGACCAAUGGCCGAGCGCGAAGCGCGGACGGAUCGGCUACGGCAACUUGCAAAAGCGGGAUGAUGUGCCGGAGCAGGCAGUUGAGACGGGUAUUGCUGGGCGGAUACGCAUGACAUGA